ACAGUCACUGAACUGUACCCAAUAGUAUGGGAUGAUAGCCAGCCAUUGGGCCGUGAGAAGAAAAAAGAAUUAACACCUUUAAAUAUAAGAUGAGCUACUAAAUCAUCACCUGUCCUUCUGUUUACUCCUCCCUCUCUCUUUCUCUCUCUCUGUGUCUCCGUAGAAAAACCCAAAAUCCAAAUGUUGAGGGCAAGGAGUGGAAUGUGAAGGACUCUCAAUCUGAGUGGAGUGUACCGAUCGCUGAGUCCUCAACACGGCCGGCGGCGGUGCUGAUUGAGAAGAAGAAAUACGAAGGGUUGGUCAAUGGGGCAAGUUCUUUCCAUCAUCUGGGGAAUUCUAUCUGGUGGUAAAGUAGGGAAUGGGUCAGCAGAAACACCAGGCGGAACAUCAGAGCCUCGAACCUCUGCAACUGCUGGCUUAUCCUCUACAAUAGAAGAAGAUCCACCACCCACAACUGCAGCAGCUUUGCCCCAAAAGCUUCUCAUCACUCCGCAUUUCUGCAGCAUAGAUAUAGAGCAGUACUACUGCUCUUACACAGGAGAUGACACAUCUCGUCAUCAGCUGCAAGAAGAUAUAUUUGCUCUAUCGAGCUUAGAGUCAUCACUGAGCGAUGAAGACGACUCAAUCUCAUCAAACACCAAUGAAGUUGACCAAGACACGAGACUAGUUGAAGUUGUGUGUCAAGUUGUGAGGGAUUUUGAAUCAGAACCAGAGUUGUGGAUGAAGCAGUACAGCAGCAGGCAAAAGAUUCUACUAGUGGGUGAAGGAGACUUCUCGUUUUCUGCUUCUUUGGCGGCCGCUUUUGGUUCUGCAACUAACAUUGUCUCCACUUCUCUCGAUUCUGAAGGAUUCUUAACGAGAAACUAUGGAAGUGCAAUGGCCAACAUUGGUUGUUUAAGGGGAAGAGGAGCCAAGGUGUUUCACGGCGUGGAUGCUACAGAAAUGGCUGAAAAUUUCAUGUUCCGAGGCAUGAAAUUUGAUCGGGUGGUUUUCAACUUCCCACAUGCUGGAUUUUUUCGCGAUGAAUCACGAGAAUCUCAACUGCGGAGAAACAAAAAUCUAAUACGCCUGUUCAUGAGGAAUGCCAAGAAGAUGAUUGUGGAAGCAAAGGGAGAAAUACAUAUUACCCACAAAUCAAAUGGCUUCUUUGCAGAAUGGAACCUGCAGCAGCUGGCAUCAAGUGAAGGCCUUCAACUUAAGCAAGAGGAGCAUUUCAAUUUCAAAGACUAUCCAGGCUAUCGAACCAAAUAUGGGUUUGGUGGGGACAAAAAUUUCAAUUGCAACCCUAGUAAAUCUUAUACUUUUGGACUGAUUAAGAUUAAUGCUUGAUGGAGUUGUAUUGUACAGUUUUCAAGUGUAAUUUCUGUUUUGGGCUAGCUAAAAGAAGGUUAACACAGGGUUAGACCAACCCUAUCCGGGCCAAGCAUACCUAAAGAACCCCGAGAAAAACUAGUAUGUUGGGUCUUCAUUCCUACCAUGAAUGGAUGGAGGUUGAAUAAAAUGUGUGGAAAGUGGUUAUGCUUGACAUAUUAUGUAUUAUUGUCUAUCUUAUCUCUAUGCAUGGU